CUCAUGUGGAGAAAGUUUGAAAAGGAUAGGACAAAGUUGAGUUCCCUUAAAGGUUACAUUACACUAAAUCAUUGUGUAUCCCUCCGUGGUCCAUUCGAAAGUAGUGCCUAUUUCUAAAGAGUUCCUUUUCUCUUCUUGAAUAUAAGCCAUUUAACAAUGUGAGACAUGUCUUUUGUGGUUAUUUGUAAUAUCCUGUAUGUGUCUGGAGUACUUUGAUGCCUUGGAUUGGAAGCUAACUUAAAGAUGGACUUUUGAGGGGUGUUUUCUAUUGUGUGGGGCUUUUGUCGAAAUUAGGAUUCCGAAACACGUUUUUCUACGGUGGGUUCAUUCGACAGCGAUUUACUUUCUUAGAAGUUGCGAGACGGUAUGUUUUUGAUUGCAAUUAUUGGAAGAGGACAGAUCCAUCUUUAAAAUGAUACCAGGUUCGGAAAAAAUUGAUACGUCGAAAAGGCAAGAAAAAUGCUGUGAAAGUUGUCAGUUUUAUAAUGGGACCCUAUGGGAAUCGGAAUUAGUGUAAUAUAACCUUAAAAAAGCACAUUUACUGCAAUGUCAAGGUCACAUGGAUUCGUCUGCAAGCGAGACAAGUAGAACAUGAAUUUUAAUGAAUGUUUUGAUGAUUUGGGUGCUAAAAUAGAUGAGAGAUGUCAAUAUUUUGGUUCAAAUGGAUGUUUUAGGUGGUUUUGGACUGUUCCGGAUGGGAGGGGGACCUGGUAUGGACAAGUAAGGGUUACAUUUCCAACAAAUCUUGAAUGUAAAUAUUAUUAUGUCCAAAGAUUGAAGUUUCAGGUGGAGAGCAAGAUGAAAAAUAUGCCAAAUCACAUGAAUGCAACCCAUUUAUGCCAUUUUUCUCUUUGUUUGUAGGCCUGACCAUUUGUCCCUUGAGCCGCAGACGGUCAACAAUCCGCUAGCUGUCUUGCUCUGACUGGUGCACUGGACAUGAUUUCAAUGAGAGUCAUCAUACUGAUUGUUUAAUUCAAACAUGAAUUUCAGUUUGUUCGUUAAAGUACUAACUUAGCUGUGUAUUUACAGUGGACGUAGUGGUGCGUCGCAUGCGGUAGACUAGGUAUUUCCAUAUAUAAACUAUGUUUACAGAAUUGCGGCCGGUGGAGCAACAUAGCUGAUGAGUAAAUAGCGCUAGUUCUUCAGACAAAUAACUUUAUUUUCAACCUAUAAAGCAUAUUUAGCUGUAGGUGGGGCCAUUCAGCUGUAAGAUCUGGCUUUGGUUCUGUUAAGCCCUUAGAGUAAUGAAUUUCAGAGUGAAGACCAUAGCGCCUUUUCCUAGUCAAGUAUCGGGCAGCUGUAUGUCUUUUCAGAAAUGCACAUGUCUUCUUUAGUAUGUCAUUGUGAUUGCUUUUAAGAUAGGCAAUAAACUCAUAACCUUUAGAAAAAGGAGCAUCUGUAAAUUCAGAUUUCACUAUUUCAGAGUCAGCCAGACCAUGAUUGAGCUUAAGGAUUGUGCUGCCGAUGCGGCCUGUGCAGUUCCGGGAGAAAGUCACUGUCUUGGGCAUUGCGGUCUGGUAUCAGGUCUGGAUGAUCCUUGCCUGACUCCGGGUUUGUGUACACCUCAAUCCGACUCCCUGUCCGGUACCGAGGCCGCAGUGGUGCAGCGCUUGUGGACGAUCCAUCGACAUCCUGAAAGGUCAACACUUCACCAAGCUGGGAAAAUUGAUCCUGAUAGUCAUCCCCAGAGUCAGCCAGACCAUGAUUGAGCUUAAGGAUUGUGCUGCCGAUGCGGCCUGUGCAGUUCCGGGAGAAAGUCACUGUCUUGGGCAUUGCGGUCUGGUAUCAGGUCUGGAUGAUCCUUGCCUGACUCCGGGUUUGUGUACACCUCAAUCCGACUCCCUGUCCGGUACCGAGGCCGCAGUGGUGCAGCGCUUGUGGACGAUCCAUCGACAUCCUGAAAGGUCAACACUUCACCAAGCUGGGAAAAUUGAUCCUGAUAGUCAUCCCCAGAGUCAGCCAGACCAUGAUUGAGCUUAAGGAUUGUGCUGCCGAUGCGGCCUGUGCAGUUCCGGGAGAAAGUCACUGUCUUGGGCAUUGCGGUCUGGUAUCAGGUCUGGAUGAUCCUUGCCUGACUCCGGGUUUGUGUACACCUCAAUCCGACUCCCUGUCCGGUACCGAGGCCGCAGUGGUGCAGCGCUUGUGGACGAUCCAUCGACAUCCUGAAAGGUCAACACUUCACCAAGCUGGGAAAAUUGAUCCUGAUAGUCAUCCCCAGAGUCAGCCAGACCAUGAUUGAGCUUAAGGAUUGUGCUGCCGAUGCGGCCUGUGCAGUUCCGGGAGAAAGUCACUGUCUUGGGCAUUGCGGUCUGGUAUCAGGUCUGGAUGAUCCUUGCCUGACUCCGGGUUUGUGUACACCUCAAUCCGACUCCCUGUCCGGUACCGAGGCCGCAGUGGUGCAGCGCUUGUGGACGAUCCAUCGACAUCCUGAAAGGUCAACACUUCACCAAGCUGGGAAAAUUGAUCCUGAUAGUCAUCCCCAGGUAGUGAAAUGAAUGUACACUGAACUACAGAGGAAUCACACCCAAAUGACUUUUCCGACAUUAGUGUGGCCCCUCGGGCAGGAAUUCCUUAGCAAACAUGCUUUUUUGCAUGGGGACUGUGGCAUUUUUGCAAAACUUAAGCUUUCAACGCUGGAUUUUAAAGAGAACACUUAAUAAAAUGAAGCCAACAGGACUUAUUUUAAUGAGAGAGACUAUCUGGAUGAGCAACAAAUGUCACAUUGUGUCGUAAGCUGUUGAAGGAGCGAUUUGCGCCAUUUCAAGUGUUAAUUUUGGGUAGCAGGCUUGUAUCGGCUUGAAAGCUGCAAAUUAUUCCUCUCAUCAUGAUAGCAAUAAUUAUUUUAAUUGCAAUGUGUAUGUUUAGAUUGUAAGUGAAGCUUUUAAUAAUAAUUUUCUUGAAAAACAUGAUUUUAUAUGCUGUCAGUGAGUUUUUUGUGUGAAAAAAGUGCUUAAAAUUAAAAAAAAGUCUCCUUUUUCAUCAAGAAAAGUACACUGAUUCACAAUCAAUACAUUUAUUUGGGCCUUUUGCUGAUAUAUUGGUGAAUUUCGCAUGCAAUGAUACCAGUUUUUGCCAUAAAAGUUACGCGUAACAAUAAUUAGAGACACAAAAUCAGCUGUCGUCACUUAGACUAAAAAUCAUGCAUUUCGACUUGACUGCGGCCAAUUUAGUCACCACUUUAAAUGGCCAUUUUAAGGCCUUUUCCCCCCUCCGAAUGCACUGAAAUUGCAUAUUCAUUGUGGAAAUAGUUUAAAUCUCAUGUGGAGAAAGUUUGAAAAGGAUAGGACAAAGUUGAGUUCCCUUAAAGGUUACAUUACACUAAAUCAUUGUGUAUCCCUCCGUGGUCCAUUCGAAAGUAGUGCCUAUUUCUAAAGAGUUCCUUUUCUCUUCUUGAAUAUAAGCCAUUUAACAAUGUGAGACAUGUCUUUUGUGGUUAUUUGUAAUAUCCUGUAUGUGUCUGGAGUACUUUGAUGCCUUGGAUUGGAAGCUAACUUAAAAGAUGGACUUUUGAGGGUGUGUUUUCUAUUGUGUGGGGCUUUUGUCGAAAUUAGGAUUCCGAAACACGUUUUUCUACGGUGGGUUCAUUCGACAGCGAUUUACUUUCUUAGAAGUUGCGAGACGGUAUGUUUUUGAUUGCAAUUAUUGGAAGAGGACAGAUCCAUCUUUAAAAUGAUACCAGGUUCGGAAAAAUUGAUACGUCGAAAAGGCAAGAAAAAUGCUGUGAAAGUUGUCAGUUUUAUAAUGGGACCCUAUGGGAAUCGGAAUUAGUGUAAUAUAACCUAUAAACCCGUCUACAAAAAUGGCUGAAACAACAGUGGUAGAAAAGGGAAUGACAAUUUUCCUCGACGUUUUCAGGAGAGCUGAUAGAAAAGAUGAUGGAAAGAUUUCUUGGGAGGAAUUUGUGGCUUUCUUUGCUGAUGGAAUCAUGGGCAAAGAAGAACUGAGGACACUGUUUGAUGACAUCGACACCCACAAAACCAACUUCAUUGACCCAAAAGAGCUGUGUGAUUAUUUUGCCAACCACCUGGGACCAUUCAAAGAAAUCUUAAGCCUUAUAGAAGACCUCAAUGUGAAGGUGAGCAAUAUGCUGGUAUCCACUGCGCAGUCGUACCCGGGCAGUUCCCGCAGUAACCAGUUCACAGUGCGCUUCCUCAUGGGGCUCGUGUUUAACCAGGUCUGCGCCAUUCAGCAUCCGCUUGAUGCAGCCACGGACGCCCUAGAGGCUCAGGCUAAGGAAGAAGGAGUAAACAUCAUAGCCGUUCAGCCAGAGGAUGUGAGAGAGAAGAAUGAAGAGCUUAUUGUGCCUGGUCGCAUUGUCCGGCGGGCCAAACGACAGACUAGCAAACAGACAACAUAUGAGGGUAACCAAAAUUUAACAAGUACACAAGUAGCUCUGGAGGACCAAGUAGAUAGACUAGCCAAGCUUCUCAACAGAAUGGAAAAGAAGGUGAACUUUGAUGGUUUGGUGGAUGAGGAAGUGGACAUCACAGAUGAUAAAAUAGUUUUGCUGUAUCAGCAAGAUUUGACAGUGAAGGAUGGACAGAUGGACUCUUUCAAGACCCAGUUACGAAAAUACAUUGAGGUCACAAAUUCUGCACCAGGAGCUUUGACCAUGUCUGUACGAAGCUUUAAAGACACACCCAAGUUCUCCAUCUAUGAAGUUUGGACUUCUGAUGACCUGCGAGCCAGGCAUCUUCAGGCACAGGGACCGAAAGAGUUCACAGACUGUGUGGCCGGAAUGACUGAGAAGAGGACAGAGUCAGUGGUUCACAUACCUUCCACGUGGUGGAGGAGAGACUGAGAUACAAUACCAUCAAUAUAGAUGUACUAUCUAUCCUGUUACUACAGCUUAGUAGAGCAAUUAACGCCUACAUCAGAAUUGUAAACCUAACUUUUACCUAUCAAUAUUGUUUUUAUGUUUAGUUCAAUCCUAUUAUAGAAUACUAUUUAUGUGCAAUAUGAUGUUGUACACAAUGAUUGACCAGAAAAUGUGCUAAAACUGAGAAAGAUAACUUAUGAUAUGCCAUAUUUUACAAAUGUAUUCAAGUUUAAAGCAUAAAAAGGCCACCCUCUCAUUAGCUAUGCAAUUAAUGAACUUUAUGAGUACUUUCUCUUCAUUACUAUGUACAACCCCCCCCCCCCCCAAUUUCAAUGGCUAUGCAAUUAAUGAACUUUAUGAGUACUUUUUUAUCCCUGCUGAAAAAAUUUUUGGAGGGGAUAUAGUAAUUGGUCCUGUCCGUCUGUCCAUCCAUCUGUCCGUCCAGCUGAAACUUUGUACUGAGCAUAACUCCAAAUUUAUUCAAUGGAUUUACUUUAAACUUAGAAUAUAAACAUAUGGCAACUAGGAGAAGUGCAGUGACCAAGAACCAUAACUCUAUCUACCUUAGUUUUUGAAUUAUCUCCCCUUUUAUAUAACUUUAAAGUAAAUUUUUGUCCGGAGCAUAACUCUAAAUAUACUAAAGGGAUUUACUUGAAACUUAAAAUAUAAACAGAUGGCAACUAGGAGAAGUGCAGUGACCAAGAACCAAAACCUUGAAUUAUCUCCCCUUUUAUAUAGUUUUAAACUAAAUUUUUGUCCGGAGCAUAACUCUAAAUCUACUGAAGGGAUUUACUUGAAACUUGAAAUAUAAACAGAUGGCAACUAGGAGAAGUGCAGCGACCAAGAACCACAACUCUAUCUACCUUAGUUUUUAAAUUAUCUCCCCUUUUAUAUAAUUUUAAAGUUAAUUUUUGUCCGGAGCUUAACUCUAAAUCUACUGAAGGGAUUUACUUGAAACUUGAAAUAUAAACUGAUGGCGAGUAGGAAAAGUGCAAAAAAUCUACCUGAGUUUUUGAAUUAUCUCCCCUCUCUACUAAAGGGAUUUACUUGAAACUUGAAAUAUUAACAUAUGGCGACUAUAAGAAGUGCAGUGACCAAGUACCACAACUCUAUCUACCUUAGCUUUUGAAUUAUCUCCCCUUUUAUAUAAUUUUAAAGUAAAUUUUUGUCCGGAGCACAACUCUAAAUCUACUAAAGGGAUUUACUUGAAACUUGAAACUUAAACAGAUGGCAAGUAGGAGAAGUGCAGUGACUAAGAACCAUAGCUCUAUCUAUCUUAGUGUUUGAAUUAUAUCCCGUUAUUUAAUUUCAAAGUAAAUUUUUGUCAGGAGCAUAAUGAAUUAUCCCCCUUAAUUUGUUUUUACAAAUAUUAUUCUACUCUCUAAAACAAAUGUUGUCAUACAAGCAAACACAUUUUUGCGGGAAUUUGGCACUACUGUGACAAGCUCUUGUCUUCAAUACUAUGUACAGAUCCCCCCUCCAAAUGGCUAUGCAAUAAAUGAACUUUAUAAGUAAAUGUCAAAUUAGCUACAAAUGGACAAGAACAAAUUGAAGCAGACUUAAAAGAUUAUUCAUUUGCUGGCAAAGAAGGAUACAUUAAAAAAAUAAUUCUAUAUGGACACUUUCAAAUCAGAUAAAAAUAUAUUGCGAUAAUUUUUAGACUUGCAUAUACUUUUAUUUCAGGAAAUAAUCUAUUAGUGUCAGGGUAUGUCACUUAUCAUUUUAAGUCUAGAAAAAAAUAGAACGCUAUAUAAAGUUAGAAGAUAGUAAAUUUCAAAACACAACUUAUUUGUUUGUGGUGUCUGUAUAUGCUUUUCUUAUGUUAUAAUUUUGUUAACUGAUAUAUUUUCUUGUAUUCUAAGAAAAUUACUUACCGGUAUUCAAAACUACCAAUCACGGCAAUUCAUAGCAGAAUGUUUACUUGUAUAAAAUAUGCUUUUACAUCAUAUGAGCUUUUGCCUUUGUACAGCAUACUAUUGUAAGCUUACAUGUAUGCUAUUUUGUAUUUUUGUUAGAGCUCUUUAUAAUGUAAUGCCAGUCAACUUUCAUAUUCUUUAUAUUGUCUCUAUUUUGUUCUUUUACAACUUUUACUUUAUUGUUGUAGUUGUUGUUUAUCAAACCUUAAAUGUGCUAAAAUUUUGUGAUAUAUUUUCAUUAGCUUGGUGGUUGUGAUAGAUUUUUAUUAGCUUGGUGGUUGUGAUAGAUUUUUAUUAGCUUGGUGUUUUGUAAAGUGAGAUUUAUUUCAAAUUUGAUUGCUUUGUUGGCUUGUUCAACGGAAAGUCACAGAUGAUUAUUGAUUUGAGACAAAGGAUUAUAGUCAGUCUAGGCCAAAUUCACAAAACUGAUUUCAAAGCUUUCCCAGACUUACACUUACUUACAAUAACGUAUAUAUUUAAUGUAAAAAGGCAUCUAAAUUAAGGUUCAGUAUGUUUUGUAACUACAGAUUUACUUUAAUAAUUUGAAUUUUUGCUCAUUUAUUGGUUCCAUUAUGAAAUAAGCCGGAAUGAAAUAGUAGCCUCAAGCUCUGUUUAUCCUUUAAAGGUGUAGAAGAGACGAAUUAAAUUAAGGUUCUCUCUGAAACCAGCUGGUCUGGAAUUUUAUUUGGUUUGUUAAGACAGAUUCUCUGCAAUGAUCAUUGCAUAUAUUUUUUGUUUUGGAUGUGUAUGUAUGCAUAAUUAUUACUUUAUUUUAAAUGUAUUAUUUUGAUAAGUCACAUCUUUACUAAUUUUAAUAUAUCCAUUAUUAGUGUUUAACUGAGUAAUGCAACCGCAUCAUGUAAAUAAUAGUCAUGUAUUUGUUAAAAAAAGGAUUUUUAAAUAUGAAUUUCUAAGUAACAAUUUUUGUAAAGCUUUGUAAUAUUCCAAUUUACAAACAUUAAACUCAUUUAACAGGUUAAGCACAAUACUAUUCAUUGUGUGCUUUUACUUCAAAUUAGGGUUAGGGCAGUAUUUUAAAAGGCGCUAUGAACAAUCCUAACGUAGGAUGCAUAUAAGAAAAAAAUUUAGGUAAAAUUUGCUUUGCAAAAUUCCAUUAGAAACAGUACACACAGAAUAUAAUUUUUUGACCAACGUUGAUUGGAAUUUUACAUCUGCAUAUCAUGGCAUAUAGCAUUUGAACUGUCUGUCCAUCCGUCAGUCUGUCCGAAAACUUUAACAUUGGCCAUUAUUUUUGCAAUUUUGAAGAUAGCAACUUGAUAUUUGGCAUGCAUGUGUAUCUCAUGGAGCUGCACAUUUUGAGUGGUAAAAGGUCAAGGUCAUCAUUCAAGGUCAAAAGUCAAAAUAUGUAAUCCAAGGGAAGUAAUAAGCUUUAAAAGGGAGAUAAUUUAUAAACCUGCCAAAUGAUAUAUUGAAAUUUUAUUUCAAAGCGGCGCAAUAGGGGGCAUUGUGUUUCUGACAAACACAUCUCUUGUUUUUAUUAUAUUCAAGUAUACGGAAAUUUGUUUUUUGUGUUCCAUUGAACAAUAGUGAUAUCAGUGACUUUAUACCGUUAUAAAUGUUUCUUUAUGUUUCAUUUAGACAAACCUCUUGUUAAGAAUGUUACUUCAUGUCUUGUAGAUUAUAUAAAUAAAGAUAUAUAUAAAACCAUU